CUAAUACUGCAGAAUGAUAGGCCAGGAGGUGCAUUUGAAAUCUGCUAAUUUCUUAUAGAUUUAUUAUGAUGUAAUGAUUUUAUGUAAAUUUUUCUAAGUGCAGUGCUGAUGUCUUAGAAUUAUUCUUUGAUAAUGUUUUUUUUUCUAGUGCUGCUGCUGCUACUUAACAAUGGAAGCUUUUGCUGCAAUAUCUGGUUAAACACACUCUCUUUAUGAAAUGUAGGCUUUCCUUAAUUCUGACAUUUGAGAAUAGGAGUAAUUUUCUGUCAUUCUGUUGUUGCUGAAUAAGUAUUUAUAGACACUGAUUAUAUACCUUUCGAGUCUUCUUUCUUCUAGAGUUUAAAAGUGUAGCAUGUGUCAUGGAAUUUAUAAAUGCUUUAGAAACAGAAGUGUUUCAUAGGGGAAUGCUUGCAUAGGAAAGAAGCAGUAAAAAUGCCUCUGAUGUUCUUUAGAGUACUACUACACUACCCUUCAAAUUGAAUAUGGAUACCUUUGAAGACACUGUGUCUCAAUUCAUUAAUAUUUGUAAAGCGCUUUGUCUUGUUUGGAUGGAUGGUGCUAUAUAAAUGCAAAACCAUUAUUUAUCAUUUUAACAUUUCUCUGUGCUUAAGUUUUUGAGUAGAUUUUGUGCUAUUUGUAUAUGUGUCCUUUCUUCUCUAGGUGACUCCAUUUUUGUUUAGGUUUAAAUUCAUCUUGUGUUUGAACUUGCUACCCUCUGUUUGUUACCUUAUCUUGUUGGAUGCAAUCAUCAUUACUGUCAUAGCGAACCUUAACUGAAGAUUCACACAUUGCUUUUUCUGUUGUUGUAUUGCUGAGUAGUGGCUUCCUUUGCUAAUGUGUGUGUUUGCUUAGCUUUUGGCCACUGAAAGAAAACAUUAACCUGAGCUAAAUUUGAGGACCUUGCAUGUGAAUAUAUAAUCCUAGCAAUUAAACUUGGAACCCUAGAAAAUAAGAACAUAUUAACAUCCAAACUUUAGAAAAGCUCUUCUUCAGAGUAUAUGAAAUUACAGCUCAUGUACUUGAAAACCGCAACUUGGAUCUGCUGUUGAUAGCUUGGAAUGAUCUAAAAAUCUUAUUCCAAUGUAUACCACUUUGUCUCUUAAAGAUGGAAAUGUUUCCUAUUUCACUCUAAAAUUUGUUAAGACUGUUCUUAAGGAAGUGGCAUGAAGGCUGCUAGGACAUAAUUAACUGCAUGUUAUAUGUUUUCAAGCUCUUUGUGUGGUCUUAACAGAAGCAAUUCAGCACUAACUUGAGACUGUUGAUGUCAGAGUUCUUGCUAAUUCUCAACUCCUCAUGUGAUUCUUACCAGUGUUGUACUGGAGAGGUAACUUGCUUUGCUUGUCUUUCUAAACUUGCACUGUUUUGGAAUUGCAUAGUCAUGGCAGGGAUCUGUACAGACUCUGCAACCAUAAACCUAUUCCUUCCUUUAUACCCACUUUCUUCCUCUUCCUGCAUGAGGACUACUUUUUCCUAUCCCUAACUCAUCUCUGGUAUUUUUCCUCCAAAACUCAUGGCUGUUCACAUAGUGCUGUAUCCUCUCUGUGAUAUUCAUAUGUCAUACAAUCUUUAAACUUCUGUUUCCAAGCACACUCACUUCUAUUGAUGAGAGCUCAGUUCAAGCCUUCUAGGGAUGUAAUGAAGAGGUAGUGUCUUUGUAUAGCUGGUUGUCUUUUGUGUAAUGGCUUUAAAUUCUGUGUAAUUCUCUGUGCUGUUUACUAGUGAGAAAAAUGAGAAUUACAAUUUGCACUUGAAGCUUAUUGAGCCUGGAAGCUUUACAAGCUAUAGAGAGUGAACAAAGUAAAUGCAAAUUUGCUAUUUUGCAUUUUUCAUUUGUUCCAAAUUUCCUGCUCAAACUCUGUUAUUGUACUAUACAUUAAAGAUUGUUUUGAAUUUGUUGCAGUUGUGAUCAGAAAGGGAACUAGAAAAGAAAAUGAACCUUUAAAGUUUAGGGAUCCACUGUUUUUUUUUUCACUUUGCUUGGAGUGCAACUUCUUUCUUAAAGUGCUGUCAGGUUUUUCUAUAUUAGAUAAUGUAUAUAUGCCACGUAUUUGUUGGACAUUUCAAUAUGGUUCCUGAAUAAAUUAUUCAGUAAUAGAAUAAGUUUUUUUUCCUGCUCUGUGUGUGCUUUGGAUUUCUUAAGACUAUAGACUUCUUAAAAUGAAAGGCAUUGCUGGCAAGAUUGUUAAAAAAAGUCUUUAAAAAGUUUAUGUCUUGAUGAGAGAAAAAUACACUUUCUAGUUCAAUCUAGAUCAGUUGCAGCAUCAGAUCAUGUCAUCAGAUUGGGAGGGAAGGCUGGGUCAGAGGUUAACAGCAGUGCUGAAUUCUAUACUAAUGGGGCAUUUACAAUUUUACAUUUGCCUUAAAAUGCUCCCUUAAUUAAAAUGACAGAUUUUUUCAAUCUCUGAGACCGUUCAGAUAAUGUUUUGCUUAUUUUUUCACUGAAGGCGUAAUUUCUGGCUAUAUUCUAAAGGUGGAGGUGAGUGUUUGCUUUAGAUCAUCUGAACCCUUCUUGUUUCGCUAAUCUUCUAAAGCAGCAUCAGGGAAAUUGAGGUGUUAAAAGACUUAGUGAUUGUAAUGCCUGGGACCUUAUGUCCUCAUGUCUCAAUGCAUUUGUAUUUUCUCUGCCGAGUUUGCAUUGAGCCCUGUCACUGUGGUUAUUGACUGUAAGUCAGCCACAUGUAGAUAGCCUCCCAGCGAACAGUGAUGGUAUUUUGAUACAUCACUACAUACAUUUGAUACAUGGUAUUUGUUGAUAUACAAAUUUAGUGGAGUCCUAACCAGCGUACUGCAUGUGUUUUGGAUAGCUUACCUGUAGUUUGUGAGCUUUAGCAUUUCAUAGUCAUGUUUUUCUUGAAUUUUUGUGUGGUUUGACCCAAAACUAUUUCCUUGUCAAAGAAACCGAUGUUUUAGCCCUCUUUGAUGAGGAAGGAGCAGUCUACCAGAGGUGAUGAUAACAACAUGUUUGGUUUCCAUGAUUCCCAUGGUCUUUUAGAGUAAGAUCUGUAUAAUUAGUAACAAGUAAAACCACAUUUGACUUUCUGUAGUAAAAUGUGAAUGAAUUAUAUUUUCCUAGUAGAGUAAAAUGGAUUUGUUUUCCCACAAUACAGUAAUUCUUGUGAAAGAGAUGAUAGUAUAGAAUGUACUGUCAAUUUCAACAUAGAGCCUGAAUUUGAGAGCCUGAUUCUCAGAUUUAGAAUUUUCUUUCAAAGGCUUCAAUUUCUCUAUAUGUUUUUCAUCUCAGAAACAAAUGGAGUGUUGCAAUUUGAUCUCAUGUCUUCAGAUCUGCAGUAAAACAUGAUGUUUUAAAACUCUGCAUGGAUUAAUAGUAAACAGUUUCACAAUAACUAUCCAGGAAUUCCAGUGAUACUAUCCAGUACUAUUCAGCAUUUUAAAAUUUCUGCUGUUUUCUUAUAAGCUAAAAAUGAAAAUGAGGGUGUGUUAGAACUGUACUGAAAUGUAUGCUUUCAAUCUUUUCUGAAAUCAAUUUCCAGCUAAAUUGUAAGGCUACAGGCUUGUGAUGGUUCUCUGAAGGUGUGCUAGCAGUUUCUGGCUGUCUUUGAUGAAAAUUUCCACACCUCUUAUGCCAUUGCAGUGCAUUGUAGGCAGAGAAAUUUUCUCAGGCGAGUAGAAAGAAGACUGCAUGAAAGCAAAAUAGAAACAUCUUCACCCACACCAUAAGAUAAUUCAAUAGGUUGUGAAAUUAUGCUAAGUUUGAAAGGAGAUUCUGGAUCUUCUGUCGCAUCAUUCCCUUGUGAAUCUGGUUGCAAAGGACUGAUUUUUAUGUAGCUUUUUAAGCUUGUGUGCUGAGUUAGACCAGUCAAAUAGGAGUGCAUUUAAUAUAAAUACUUCUUUGACAACUUCAGAGUUCAGAAGUAUCCCACAGUUCAGAAUUUAGGUGAUAGCUGUAGAAAAUGUUCUUUCCUUGGUAUUAUGUGUUUAGUUCUGAGUUGGUUAGAUUGGUUAGGUGUAGGAUGAUUUUCUUCCUAGGAUGUAAAGUGUGAAUGGUUUUGAAGCAGUAAUUUGCAAUUCUUAUCUCACAGUUCUUUUUAAAUACCCACUCCUUGUCUGAGAAGAUCAAAGAGAAAUAAACAACAAUAUGACCCUUUGAUACAGAUUUUUUUUAACUGUAAGGUUUUUUUUUUCCAUGCAAGUUAAUUUUUUCUUGCCUUCUGUAAGUGUGUUUGUAGUGUGCUUUAUAAUAGCUCCUCAUCUUCCAUGUAGUUACUUUUUCAGAACAGUAAUGUGUAAAGGAAUGCAGCAUGAAUAGUUAGUCCAGCACGCAGAGUUGUCUUUUCUGCUUCUUUUUGGGUAUGGCUGGGAAGUCUCCAGUAAUGCCUGUAAGUCACAGGCAGUAGUAAUGUUUGUGAUAACUGCUAAGCUUUUUGCUUUGGGCGCUCUUCAUUUCUGCCCUGCCUAAAAAAACCUGAACUUUAAUUUGCUUGACAAAAAUGUUUUACGUUAUGCUUCUCCUGAAUCAUGUUAUGGGAACGUGUGUACUGUUUGAUAAAUCCAGCUAAGCAGCCAUGUGUUGUAGACUGCCUGAUGAUGUCUUUUUGUUAAGAAACUUUACUCAUCUGCCUAAAUUUUAAUCUAAUCUCUCCUAAUCUUUCCAGUUGCAGGCAAAAUGUAACUGUUUAAAGUAAGUAGUGUAUCAGUAGUGGUAGGUGAACCUGGAGUUGUUUUACUUGCAUUGUUAGUUUGACAACUCUUGACCUGAAUAUUGAUACAGUCUGCUUUUAAGAGGUAUGUAGCUUUGUCCUUAUAAAUCAGGGAAGUAAGCCAAAGGAAAUGUUGAUGUUUCCUCUGCAUUUAUAGGAAAAGUUUCAACUCUUUUUUGAACUUAAAGCAUUUUGCAUCAGAAUCUUCCUUUUCCUGAUUAAGAACCAUACUUUAUAGGGGAAAUACUUUAAACCAACACAAAAUAACUAGGUUUCCUCACCCCCCUCCCCCCCUUUUUUUUAACCUCUUUUUCCUUUGUUUUUUUCUUGGUGUUUUUUUUUUUUUUUUUUGUGUGUGUUUUUUGUAUUAAUUUCUCCUUCUCAGGCCUCAUCUGUAGCUAUUUUCCUGUUGCCUUUUGGGGUUUUUAUUGAGAAAGAGAUAGGUCACUGUGUGCAGAGUAGUAGCUAGCAAGUAAGAUUUGAAUAGAAUUUGAGAAAUACCAAGUUUGGGAAAAUCCCCAUCAUUUAAGUGGUACCUCUCAAAAUAGUUGCAUUUUGAAGCAAAAAAAUCCAAAUUACAAACAAACUAGACUAAAAAUUAAUCAAAAUGUUCAUAGUUAAAACCAAAUAAAAGAAGGAUAGAAUAAUGCCUUUGAUACUAAAUGAUUCUAGAAGAGUCCCUAAACUCUUUCCAGUUUAGGACCUGAAGUCAAACAGGACCCUUCACCUUACAUAAAAUUCUUAUUGCCAAUUUCACUGCCGAAAUUGAGAGCAAGACCUAAUACCACCAUGCUACAAGGCAAAAUGCAGUUUCCCACAUAGUUGUGUGCAAUGUUACUUCAGUCAUGAAGACUUUGGAGGAAGUAUUAACCACCUUCCAAAAACACAAAAGAAGCUGCCAUUUGGGCUUUUUUUAUGACUUUCUUGUGACUGGCCUCCCACAGUUUUCUGAAGGCAGCUAUUUUUUACUGGCUUGUGGAGGUUUUCAGAGCAAAUCAUUGCUAGAUUGUAUUUGUAAUCUUUAACCUACUAGUGACCAUCUUUGGUCUUGCAUUUCAGGAACGAUGGCAGUGUAAUACCUUUCUUGUCAGGGAGAAGUGGAAAAAGAGGAGAUGGAUGGGGAUGAGAAGGGAGGAGCUGAAGUUAAAAGAUGAAGAAUGUGAAAGGCUUUCUAAAGUGCGAGAUCAACUUGGACAGGAAUUGGAAGAACUUACAGCUAGUCUGUUUGAGGAAGCACACAAAAUGGUUAAAGAAGCAAAUGUCAAACAAGCUGCAGCAGAAAAACAAUUAAAAGAAGCACAAGGAAAGAUUGAUGUCCUCCAGGCUGAAGUAGCAGCAUUGAAAACACUAGUACUGUCCACUUCACCAACAUCUCCAACUAAGGAAUUCCAGUCUGGUGGAAGAACUCCUUUUAAGAAAGGCCAUGCAAGGAACAAGAGUACAAGCAGUGCUAUGGGUGGCAGUCAUCAGGACCUUACCAUGAUGCAGCCAAUUGUAAAAGACUGUAAAGAGGCUGAUCUGUCUCUGUACAAUGACUUCAGGUCUUGGAAGGAUGAGCCUACUAUGGACAGAACAUGUCCUUUCUUGGACAAAAUUUAUCGGGAAGAUAUUUUUCCAUGUUUAACUUUCUCCAGAAGUGAGUUGGCCUCAGCUGUUCUGGAAGCUGUUGAAAACAACACUCUGAGCAUUGAACCUGUUGGCUUGCAACCUGUUCGAUUUGUGAAAGCUUCUGCAGUUGAAUGUGGGGGACCAAAGAAAUGUGCUCUCAGUGGACAAAGUAAGUCAUGCAAGCAUAGAAUCAAAUUAGGAGAUUCAAGCAGUUAUUACUACAUUUCUCCUUUCUGUCGUUACAGGAUCACUUCUGUGUGUAACUUCUUUACAUAUAUUCGAUACAUCCAGCAAGGACUGUUGAAGCAGCAAGAUGUGGAUCAGAUGUUCUGGGAAGUUAUGCAGCUGAGACGAGAGAUGUCGCUAGCAAAACUUGGCUAUUACAAGGAAGAGCUCUAAAACUUUUUACUCUUGCGCAUGCAUGAACUUCAUUGAAUAUACAUAACUGAAAUUGCUGAACCUCUUUUUGUCACUUGAUAUUUAUUUCCACAAAGUGGGUCCAAGAUCUUUCUCCAUUUGCAGAUGGCACUAAGAAGUACUGUGAUUGUUUUAAACUGACCUAUGCUGUAUAUGCGUACCUCUAAUACUUAGUUGAACAAAUGUGGUAAGCACUUGCGGGUGUAUUAGUGAUCGUAAUUUACAUUUAAACACAAACCUUCUGAUUAAAGUGUUAAUCUGAAACA